GGUGGCGCUGGGGAGGGGGCUCGCAGAGCCCGGGGAGGGGGCCGGGGCCACCGAGGGCUUGGGAGCAGCGACGGGCGAGCCAUGGCGCUGGGGCUGCAACGCGCCAGGUCGAGCACGGAGCUGCGCAAGGAGAAAUCCCGGGAUGCUGCCCGCAGCCGGCGCAGCCAGGAGACCGAGGUGUUAUACCAGCUGGCACACACUCUGCCCUUCGCGCGCGGCGUCAGCGCGCACCUGGACAAGGCUUCCAUCAUGCGCCUGACCAUCAGCUACCUGCGCAUGCACCGGCUCUGCGCCGCAGGGGAGUGGAGCCAGCCGGGGGUCGAGGGGGAGCCCCUGGACGCCUGCUACCUGAAGGCUCUGGAGGGCUUCGUCAUGGUGCUCACGGCUGAGGGCGACAUGGCCUACCUGUCGGAGAAUGUCACCAAACACCUGGGCCUCAGUCAGCUGGAGCUCAUUGGACACAGCAUCUUUGACUACGUCCACCCCUGUGACCAAGAGGAACUGCAGGACGCCCUGACGCCACGGCAGAGCCUGUCCAGGAAGAAGCCAGAGGUCCCCACGGAGCGGAGCUUCUCCUUGCGAAUGAAGAGCACCCUGACCAGCCGUGGCCGCACCCUCAACCUCAAGGCAGCCACCUGGAAGGUGCUACACUGUUCCGGACACAUGCGGGCCUACAGGCCCCCGGCUCAGACCUCCCCAACUGGGAGCCCUCGCUCAGAGCCGCCCCUGCAGUGCCUGGUGCUCAUCUGUGAAGCCAUCCCCCACCCCGGCAGCCUGGAGCCACCGCUGGCCCGGGGGUCCUUCCUCAGCCGCCACAGCCUGGACAUGAAGUUCACGUACUGCGACGAGAGGAUCGCAGAGGUUGCUGGCUACAGCCCUGAUGACCUGAUUGGCUGCUCAGCCUACGAGUAUAUCCACGCACUGGACUCGGAUGCCGUGAGCAAGAGCAUCCACACCCGUACGUGUGUCCCCUGUCUCCAUGGCUGCCACUGGUCCUGGCUCCCCACAUGCCAGGAGCCCUGCCACCCCCACUCAGCAACAGCUCCCUGCUCCCCAAUCCCCACCAAGGAGCCUUCUCCUCCCCAUCCACCUCCUGCCCGCCCCUUGGCACCCCCUCAGAGCCCUCUCUCUGGCCCUGACCCCUGCCUGCUCCCCUCAGUGCUGAGCAAGGGCCAGGCAGUAACGGGGCAGUAUCGCUUCCUGGCUCGGAGCGGUGGCUACCUGUGGACCCAGACCCAGGCCACAGUGGUGUCAGGGGGCCGGGGUCCCCAGUCUGAGAGCAUCGUCUGCGUCCACUUCCUAAUCAGCCGAGUGGAGGAAACCGGAGUGGUGCUGUCCCUGGAGCAGACGGAGCGAAACUCACGCAGACCCCAUCAGCGGAGCGUCCCCUCUCAGACGGAUGGGCCUGCCUCUGGGGAUAGACAUGACCGGCCUGGUCCCCGGGUCCUGGCCUUCCUGCACCCUCCUGCCCUGAGCGAGGCUGCGCUGGCCGCUGACCCCCGCCGUUUCUGUAGCCCCGACCUCCGCCGCCUCCUGGCACCCAUUCUGGAUGGGGCUUCGGUUGCAGCCGCCGCCCCCAGCACACGGCCAGCUGGGCGGCGUCCCCUGAGCCCUGUUCUGGCUGAUCUCCCAGAUCAAAUGCUUGUGGGCAUGGAGAACACACACAAACCCGUGGUGACCCAGAAAACCCUGGAGGCAAAAGAGACAGAGCUAGAGGUAGCUCAGGAUGCCAAUGGCCUGGACUUGGAAAUGCUGGCUCCGUACAUCUCCAUGGACGAUGACUUCCAGCUCAGCUCCUGUGACCAGCUGCCCAGGGUCUACCACAAACCUGCAGGGACUGUCCCCCGGCCCCGCGCACGGAGCUUCCACGGACUGUCGCCUCUGACCCCAGAGGCCUCUGUACUGCCCCGCUGGGGCAGUGACCCCCGGCUGAGCUGCUCUAGCCCUUGCAGAAGGGACGCCUCGGUGUCCUCCCCUGUGCCCAGGGCUCAGAAGAGGACCCUGGCCCCAAGUUCAGAGGAUGAGACUGAAGGGGUGGAGCUGCUGGGAGUGAGACCCCCAAAACGGCCCCCGGGGCCAGAACCCAACAACUUUGUGCUGCCUCCGCUCAGCCUGAGUUUUCUUUGGCCGGGAGGACCUGUUCUAGGACGCCAGCAGGAGCCCAGCACUUCCCUCCAGGACCUGAAUGAAUGCCUGGGCCUGGGUCCCUCACUGCUCUCUCACUACCCAGUGGAGGAUGCCACCCCAUCCAGGAGCCUCUUCCAGCCGGCAGCAGACUCAGCCCGUGCCCACUGAGCCAGCCUCCCACCCACUCACGUCUCACCUCCCUUCUCCUCCCGCCCCACCACAGGACCUCAGCCACACUCCAAGCCGGCAACCAGCGCACAGGACAGGGGGCUCCCAUCUCUGAAUGGCCCCCUCCGCCAGCCUCGGGCCUACCUCAGCCCCACCCCCCCGUGUGCUCCCACUGUUGAGGGGGCUGCGUGGGGUGGUCUCAGCUCAGUGACCUCUGGGAGGGGGUCCUCAGCCCCCUCCUCCCCUCUCAGGACUUCCCUUGGGGCUCCCUGGUUACCUCAUCACCCGUCCUCUAACUCUCUGAGCUUUAUUUUGGGGAACAAGGGGGUGGGCUGGGGCACAGAUAGGUGUUUGUUUGUUUGUUUGUGUCCUUCUUUGGUUUUGAUUUUUCUUGUCUUCAUGCUAUGGCUUGCAUCACCAUGAAUUACCUAAGGCCCAUAUUCAUGUGGGGUUCCGGCCUCCCCUUUCUCCAGUGUCAGUGGGGGCAAGCACUGGGCCAGACCUCCCCCCCAGAAAUGUCUGCCUGCCCCUUCCACUGGAGUCCCUGCUGCCUCCAACCUCGUCUGGGCAGUGACUCCACUGUGGUAUUCCUAUUUGGGUGGUCUCUGCCAACCUCCUCUGGUUCCACACUGUACAACCUUCUUGGGUUCCAGACUGCAUGGCGUCUGACCUUCACUGGUUCCCAGACGAUGAAGCCUCUUCCUGUUCCUGGGGUCACAUCCCAAUCUCCUCUGGUUCCAGACCACAUAACCUCUGACCUUCAUCAGUUCUAGACUGGGGGACUUUUGCCUUCCCAUGUUCUAGAUCACAUGGUUGCUGGCACAGUCUGGUUUAGACUUCGCCUCUCUGGUUCCAAAUCUUUUUGGUUCUUUUUCAUUCUGGACCUCAUAGCCUCCAAUUCUUCCCAUUUCCAAAUCUUACAAUCUCUACAAACCACUCUUUUGUAGGCCUUGCAGCCUCUAACACACACUGGAUCUAGAGCCUAUGACCAGCCGAGACCCCAGGUUCUAGAAUCCAGCAUAGAACUCUGAUUUCCUUUGGCUCUAGAUUUCUUCCAGCAAAUUCCUCUGGUUCUUAGCCUGACAUCCUCCAAAUUCUGGUGAUUUCAGCUUUCACAACCAAUGAUUUUCCUGGUCCUUGACACCACGACAGCAACCUUUUUGUUGGGUCUAGGCUUUCUGGACUGCAAUACAUUUGAUUCAAAGCCAGACCUAAAUGUUCAUCAUCUUGAUUCCAAAUCUCACGAUGCCCAUUCCUGCUUCCCUCACUCUAUACUCAGAGACUGCCCUAUCAUAAUGACGUAAAAGGAGCUUUAGGCCGUGGCCUUCUAGAACCAGACCUUCAGCAUUCACCAGUUCUAAAGGUCAUAACCUUGACCUCUUGCACCCUACAGCCCAUAUCACGUGACCUGCUGUUUGGUUCUAGAACGGAGCCUCACAUUGUCUUUAGACUCUAAACCCCACCUGUUAAAUCCUUUUGAUUCCAUACCUCACAAAAUCCACCUC